CAUACACACACAGUGUUCUCUCUCUCUUCUUCAGGCGUGUCAUCCAAAUUACAGUCUCUCAUUAUGCUCUGUUUUCUCUCUCCCUAAAACCAUCAUCAGUUAUCCAUAACUCUUUGUCUCCAUUGUCUCUUCUUCGCAUUCAUAUUAUUAUUAUUUUUGUGUGUAUGUGUAUGUGUAUGAUGAUCAAUGGCAUGAAUUCCUCAUUGACAUCUCUAUUUUCCUGCAGCUUUUGACUCAUCUAUAACAGACAAUAAAGACAUUCCUUCAAUCAUUUUUCACCCCACUCCUUCACUUCCUCUGUUUUUCUUCCUGUUGCUCUGUUUUUUUCUACUUCUAUAAAAAAUACUCAUAUAUGGAUAGGUAUAGUUAUCAACGAGAGAGGGAAAUUUCUCAUUCCUCAAACCCAUCUUUUUCUUCUACACUUCUUGACGCAAUUUAUCGUUCAAUUGAUCAAGGAGAAGAAGAAGAGGUUGUUCUUUACAAAGAAACAAUGCGUAAGAAACAGAGCAGCAACAAUAUGGAGAGUUUUCAAAAAGCUUGUAUGAUUGAGAAAUGGAUGGAACAUAAAGUAAGUGAAAAAGUUGUUGUUCGGAGAAAAUCUAUAGCUGAUUUAGAGAGGAAAUCGAGGAAUCUGAUGAACUCGAGCUCGAGUUCUUCAGAUUCCAGCUGUGGGGGUGUGUUUUCUUCUUCGGAAACUGAAUCCAGUUACAAUAAUGUAGUAGUAAAUCCAGCUGGGUCAUCUUCUUCAUGCUAUGGUCUAAACAGGCCUAAACCAAUCAGAACCUCAAUUUCCAGUACAAACCCAGAAAAACUCAGCAAAAACCAAGCUAAACAGCUCAAUAAUUAUGGCCAUAAUAAUCCUCAAAUGGAAAGAGAUUUCGCUCCCAAAACCAAAAGUGAAACUGGUUUUAUAAAGACGAAAUCAAAAGCUUUGAAGAUUUACGGAGAUUUAAAGAAAGUGAAGCAACCAAUUUCUCCGGGAGGUCGAUUAGCAAGUUUCUUGAACUCACUUUUCACUGCUGGAAAUACAAAGAAACCCAAAGUUGUUUCUGCAAAUGCAUCGUCUACGUGUUCUUCAGCCUCUUCAUUCUCCAGGUCAUGUUUAAGCAAAAGCACACCCAAAUCCAGCAGCAACGGAACGAAACGUUCUGUGAGAUUUUACCCAGUGAGUAUCAUCGUAGACGAAGAUUGUCAGCCAUGCGGACACAAAAAUCUGUAUGAAGAAAAAAUACCCAAUCCAGAAUCUCUAAAGAAUAUCAGAAACUCCAUUAACGACGAGCUCAAAUUCCAUUCAAUGGAGAAAAAUCAUCGAGUUGAGGAAGCUACUAAAGAGUUGCUGAGAAAUUAUCAGAGAAAUUCAAAUUCCCAAAUCAAGAAAAUGGAAAUUUUCGACGAUGAAGAUGAAGAUGAUGGUGCAAGUUGUGCUAGUUCAGAUUUAUUCGAACUUGAUAAUCUUUCUGCAAUUGGAAUAGAUAGUAAUAGGUAUCUUGAAGAAUUACCAGUUUAUGAAACUACUCAUCUUGAUACUAAUCGAGCCAUUGCUAAUGGUUUAAUUUUGUAAUAAGUGUAUUAUUUAUUGUUAACUAAUGUAAUUUUGUAAUUGGUUUGA